UCUCUCUCUCUCUCCUCUCGAGUCUGAACCCUUCAGUUUAUAUAUACCCCCUUCCCUUCUGCUGCCUGCGCCUAACUUCCUUCUCUCUCGACUCUCCCCUUCCAUGAUUCAUUCAAAAAGCUCUGUUUCUUGCGCUCAAAGAAACUAUUACAUUCUCAUAAUCUGGGGGGCAUUAGCUGUUCAUUUGAGAGUGCGACAGCAAAACACAGGUUGAGUUAAUAGUAAGGAAAUGAGUUGCAAUGGGUGCAGAGUUCUCCGAAAGGGGUGCAGCGAGUCGUGUAUUCUACGCCCUUGCUUGCAGUGGAUCGAGACCCCUGAAGCCCAAGGUCACGCCACCGUAUUCGUCGCCAAGUUCUUCGGCCGCGCCGGCCUUAUGUCCUUCAUCUCCAACGUCCCCGAGUCCCAGAGACCUGCUUUGUUUCAGUCGUUGUUGUUUGAAGCAUGUGGACGGACCGUCAACCCGGUGAACGGCGCCGUUGGACUUUUGUGGACCGGAAACUGGCACGUGUGCCAGGCGGCGGUUGAGACCGUCCUACGCGGAGGCACGUUGCGCCCGAUGCCGGAGCUUCUUGGCACCGAUCGAACUCCGGCGUCCGACGAGGCGUCCGAGGCCGACGAAGUCACCUGUACCGACAUGUGGAGCCUCGGCUCUCCCAGUCCCAAGUCCCGGCCCAAGGUCUCCCCGAAACGCAAGCGAUCCUCCGACGAGCCGGCAGGUCUCGAUCUCCGCCUGACCCCGAGUUUUCUGGCCAAGGCAUCGGCCUACAAGCCCGAGAUCCGGCGGCCGGGUACUCCGUCCAUGAAUUCGGAGGAGUCGGUGACGACCACGUGCUUCGAAAGCGGUUUGGCGGAUCAGCAUGGAAGGGGAGGAGAUCCAAAGCUUCUCAGCUUGUUCUUUUGAAAUUGCUUCCUCUGCGUUACGUUUUUUUGGGUGAAUCUUAGGUUCACACGUGCGAGUACGCUGUAAUAUUUCUAUAAUUUAGUUUUUCUCAAAUUUUUGUUUCUUUAUUUGGGACUUGAGAGGGAGUUUCCCGGAAUUGCAUUCCGGCGAGAUUUUGUUAAAUUACCGGCACAGGAUUUCUCUCUUUCGUGUGCUUUAGAGAGAGAGGGAGGAAAAUGAGUCUGUCGGUAGCGUUGUAUCGUUUUUGUAUUUAGUUAUGGCUUUCACACAUGAAUAAUCAUUCUCUUUUCUUUUUUU